UGGAAAACUGGAAAUAUUAACUAAGAGCUCUUGGUCUAGUGGUAAUGGAAUUCCAGCUGGAGUGUCUGCCCUGGGUUUGAGUCACCUUAGCUAUCUUCCCGCCUAUAACCGUGCAUGUCCGGAUGGAAGAUCUCGUAGGAAUUAGUCUGGGUUUACCGUCUGGGAUCCCAGGGAUAUCAAAAAAAAAAACUGGAAAUAUUUCCGAGUACAACUGAUACAAACUCUUUUGUAUCACAUAAUAUGAUGUUUAAGGGUUUUUUGGUAAAAUAUGAUGUUUAAGGUUUGUAAUCAUAAAUUAAAAAAUUAUUUCUAUUAUUUUUUCGAAAAUAAAACAACAUGUAUCAUGUUCACUCAAUAACAAAAUAUAAUUGUAAAAAUAUAUAAAAAUAUUUUGUAAAAAUAUGUAUUGUAAAUUGAUACGAAAAUCUUGUAAUAUCAUUAUAUGAUAUGGACGGAAUAGUUGGUAAUAGGAAAAUACAUUUGUAGUGUUCAAAAAAAAAAGAAGGAAAAUACAUUUGUCUGUAUGAGUUGUAAAUGAUUAAUGUGAACAUAAAUGUUGCAAAAUAAUUGGAGGUGGCUGGAGAUAGUAACACUAGGGGAGAGAGGUGGCAGAAUAACCAUCUUGCGUUGGCGUUCUGAGCAAGAACAUUUUCUUCUAAAAAAAUGUAAGACAAUGAUCUUCAAAAAAAUUCUACUUUUUCUUAAAUAGAAGAAUAAUAAAAUAGGAAAAAUAUAAUAUAUUUCUCUAAAAUAAGUGAAUAUUAUUUCUUUCUUUAAAUAUAAAAAUGAUAUUUUUAAUAUAUUGGAAAAUAUUAAACUUUAUUUUUAGAGUAAAAAUAGAUGUGAACUGAGGAAGAUUACCCGUUUUUAAUAGAAUUUGAAUUCAAAUAUAAAAACAGUUAGAGAUAUCAUAAUCAAAAAUGUCACUUAAAAGGGGCCUAAUUAUAUACUUAGUGAUUCACACAAUUAACUUAUCUUAUUCAUCCUUUUUAAGUAUUUAUGUCAUUGAUGCAUCUUGAAUUUCAGUGAGUUUAUUCUAUCUUGUAUCUCUAAUUGCAUAUCAUUAGAACAAACAAUAUGGGAUUUCGAUAUGUUUUUUUUUUCUUGAUAACUCAUGUAACUUUUUCUAUUAUUUGGAAACAAAUUUUUUUCCUUAUAUGUCAAAUUUUUAAAAAAGCAUUUAUUCUUUCUAUAUAAGAUAAUAAAUUUGAUAAUUCCUUCGUUUUAAAAUAUUCUAUGUUUAAAAAAAAUAAUUAUUACAAAAUACAUUAUUAUUAAAUUAUAAUGAUAAAUUGUAAUUUAAGAAAAAAAACUAAUUGUGUUUAUUAAAUUUUUAUUAAUCAAAAUUUGUUAAAAAUAAUUAAUCACCAAAAAUAAUAUUUAUAAUAAAUUAAAAUACAUAUUAAAAACUUCAAAAUAGACAUCAUUUUGAAAGGAAGUAAAUAUAAUUUUAGUUUGUAAUCAUAUACAUGAGUUCUAAUCAUAGAAUCUUUAACAAUCUCUUAUAUAUACAUGUUGGUUGGGUCCUCACAUUUAUGAAAUCCAAUAGAAAUUUUAAAAAAAAAAUUAUUAAGUAUGAAAAAAUAUAUCAAAAUUUAUUCAUCUAACUUUUAGAAAUAAAUAACCAAUUGAAACAUUUUUUUUAUUUUCAGUAUCUAUAUUUACAUUACUUUAAAUAGUAUAAAAUAAUUUUUAGACUUUUGUUAUUUUAAAGUUAAAAAGUAAAUUUUAUAUAUUCUCAAAAAUUAUGGAUCUAAGUAAAACAGGGGAAUUAGUUUAAAAACAGGGGUAUUUUCCAAUGGUUCUUCUGCAUACCAUCAUAGGGUUGGACAAAUUAUCUGUUAAAUUUGAUCCAAUCUGUUAUUCGUUUUCAUUUGAUCCAAAAUAUCUGGAUAUCCGUAAAAUUUCGAAUCAAAGCAAAUAGCAAAAUGUGAUAUCCGAAAAGAACGAAACAAAUCACAAAUAUUAUUUUUUGGAAAGCCGGAUAUCUGAUCCGACCCGUAUACAAAACUAUUAUAUAUAUAAAUACUUGUGAUAUAAUUUGGUUAAUUUGUAAUUUUAAGUUGUUUUUCAAAUUUUUGUUUUGGAUUAUUGUAUAGCCAAUUUAAUUUUUAUGUUGAGUCAAAAAUUAACAUAUAACUUUCUUAUUAGGCUUGUUAAUAUUGAAUUUUUCUUUACACUUUCUGUUAAAAAUGUUAGUUUGUUAGUAUGAUAUUAUUCUUUUUACUUUAAAUUGAUAUUUUAAAGUUUUUAUUUAAUUAAAAUGUUAAAUAUUAUUUUCUAAUUUUUUUAAUAUAAUUGGCAUAUCAAAUCGAAUAAUCCGCGAAUAUUUAAAAAGUCUAGAUAUCCAGAAGUUAAAAGAUCCAAAUUUUCUGGAAUCGAAAUGAAUCACAAAUAUAGAUAUUCGUUUAGGACGGAAAAAAAUCACAGAUAAUGUAGAUUUUUCGGAUAUUCGCUCCGUAUCCAAGCUUACCAUAAGAACCGACAUUGCUAGUUAUGGAGCUCGCAUCCCUAUGCAUCUCAAAAUUAUGGGCUAUAUAUUAUUUCCAUGAAACAUUUAUAACUCAUCUGACUCAUCUAUCCAUGCAUCAUUUGCAUCUUUAUUUAAAAAACAAAUAUAUACAAUCUCUUCGUUUAUUAACAGAUGUUUUGGAGAACUAUUUUUUCAAAUUAUAUGAUAUUUUUUUGUUUUUCAAUGCAAUUUUUUAAAAAAAUUGUGAUACAUAACUUUGUAUAUUUUUAAUAACUAAUAAAAAAAUAUAACUUUAAAAUAUCAAAUAAUAGAAAACAGAAGGAGUAUAAAACUUCAGUAUGCAUUAUAUUCAGUGAAAAAUAUAUUUAUAUUUUCACAAAAAAAAUCAUUGUAUUUAGUUUUUUACCCCAGUUAUGAAUAUUUUAACCAUUUAUAUGCCCCAUUUUAAUUUCCCCGGUUAUGAAUAUUCACAAUAUUAAACUGUAGAAGAUAAAAUAUCAAAAAAAAAAAAUCCUUUUUAAUAAUUUAAUUUGUAUGCCCUAUUUUAUUACCCGCGCAAAACAAGGGAUAACUUUCCAGUCGUGCGUGUGUAUAUAUAGUAGCACACUGGGUAUGUAUGUAAAAGGCAUCAUCAGCUUUGACAACCUGAACCCAUGGUGUCUCUAGCUACAACUCUCAAACCACUCUCUCCGUUUCCAUCAUUUGUUAAACAACAUAAAACCAGUAACAAUAAUGCUUUCUCUACUUAUCGCACCCAUACCUAUACAAACUCAGGUUUCUUCAAACGAGGAGGCGCCGUCGCCGUGCCUCACAAGAGAUAUACGUUCGUGGGUGUUCAUGAUGCACCAGAUCAGAUUGAGAGCUCCUGGGGGAUACCAUUGUCGGAGGUUGUGGUGGCCAGAAAGAAGAGAGCAUUUUGGCAAAGGAGUUGGAAUUAUUGGGAUGUGAUCAGGUUAGUCCAAGUUGCUGGGGUUCAUUUGCUGAGCCUCUUGGCUCCAUUUUACUUAAGUUGGUCGGCUUUUCGUGUUUUCCUUUGGAUCGUUGCCAUCAAUGGAAUCUGCAUCACCUUGUGUUAUCACCGGAAUCUUUCUCACCGAAGUUUCGAUCUACCGAAAUGGCUCGAGUAUCUAUUUGCUUAUGGUGGCCUUCUGGCUUUUCAGGGAGACCCAAUAGAGUGGGUGAGCAACCAUCGGUACCAUCAUAAGCAUUGUGAUACACAACGUGACCCACACAGUCCUACACAGGGGUUUUGGUUUAGUCACAUGGCUUGGAUAUUUGAUUCAGGUUAUAUCCACAAAAAGUGUGGUGGACAGGAGAAUGCAAACGAUCUCGUAAGGCAGCCCUUCUACAAGUUCCUCCAGCGAACCAUACUUUUGCAUGAGAUGGCUUUUGCCCUUCUCCUCUAUAUUUGUGGACGCAUGCCCUUCCUCGUCUGGGGAAUUGGUGUGGCAAAUGUGGCUCGAUACCACGGGACUUUUCUGGUGAACUCAGUUUGCCAUACAUGGGGAACACGAGCUUGGAACACACCUGACCUCUCCAAAAACAAUUUGUGGGUAGCGGCUAUAACAUUUGGUGAAGGAUGGCAUAACAAUCAUCAUGCAUUCGAGUUCUCGGCUAGGCAUGGACUCGAGUGGUGGCAGCUCGACUUUACUUGGUAUCUUAUUAAGUUUCUUGAAGCUAUUGGCUUGGCCACGAACGUUAAGUUACCUUCUGAAGCUCAAAAGAAGACGAUGGCUUGUAACUAGUUGUAUUAUUGAUGUUCUGUCCUAUAUGUAAGAAUAAUAAAGUCAAGUGAACGAGACCGUGGUUUGUUAGAUAGGAUAUAUUUAAGGAACACAAGCUCCAGAUGUGAUCUCUAUUUUUUUGUCAAGGCUGUUGGUUUUCCCUAUUAUAUACAAAUAUGGUAUUUCACAACAACAAAGUUUCUCGAGGCUGUUGGUUUGGUCACUAAUGUUAAGAAUACCAAAGAAGCCUAAAAGAAGAAAAUGGCUUUGGUCUGAUCCUUUAUAGCAGCUAAUUCCUUGCAUAAAUUACCUUCUAAGAUUUUAAUAAUUAUCUUUGAUUCUGCUCCUCCAAUUUCAAAAAAAUCCUUAGUUCUUUUCAACAAAUAAGAGCUUUGUCAUUAGCAUGCCUCCAAGAAAACUAACAUUUCCAGCAUUUUUGAAUUUGCUAAUCAAUCUUUAACUACAAACCAAAUCUUAAAAAGAUACUGUUGGGAAAGAAACUAUCUGAUGAUAAGAAUAAAUCUCAAAAGAAACCAUU